UUAUACAGUGUUGUUGAAUUUAACAACUUAACAACCACUCUCUGCAUUGAGUGCUAUUACUCUUUAUAUUUUAAUACAUUUUACUCAUUUUAUAUUUUCACUGAUGUAAUUUUCAGCACAGGGCUUUUACUGUACUUUUUCUUAAGUAAAGUGGCUGAAAACCUCCUCCACAUCUGUUUAAAGCUCAAUGAGACUAAAAUACAUAGAGACAGAAAAAUAGAUUGAAUUAAAUAAAUACAUAUAUUCAUAGAUAAACUGCUGUAAAGAUGGACAUUCUAUUAGAACACAGAACUGUUAGAUCACAGAGAGUUCUAUUAGAACACAGAACUGUUAGCUCACAGAGGGUUCUAUUAGAACACAGACAGAAACACUGUACUUCUCUAACCUAAGAGUUCAGUUUUAUUCUCCACGGUGAAGUGACUUAGUAUUUUUACUAAACUACAAACAUUACAAGAGAAAAACACACGGACAAGACUUGUAUGAAAACGCCAAAAGGAAAAGAGGAAGAGACAAAGAAGAGACAAAGCAAGGACACCCUGCUCAUCUGAAGAUGUCUGAAGGGAGACAGGACACCACUCCGAGCAACAUGGACAAAGCUACAGAGAAGAUCGCUGAUGCCCUUGUUUCAGACAUCAUUGAACAGGUUGCUGCGAAUCUUGGUGAGCUGUUGCAAAAUGUCCGCCGCUGGGAUUCAGAGGAGCAUGCCACGUCUGAGGUUAACAAAGAUGGAUCCUCAGCUGCUUCUCUCAACCAACAGAAGGUCCAGCAACACCUGGAGAAGUUUUUCUCUAUGCGGCAGGUGUUUGCUGAGCAUCGUGGGAGCAGUCUAGAAGAGGUCCCAGAAGAGGUCACUUCUCCAGCUAUGUCUGAGGUGAUAGUUACACCUGAUUACGAGGAGAGCACCAAAUCAGCCAGCAAGGCAAAGAAACCAGUUGCCAUGCCGUUCAUGAACAAGCUGAAGUUGGUGUGGAAGAGCCACUUUGGCAGAAAGCAUAGCAAGAAGGUCAAAAGGACUUCUGAUAGACACCUGAGUUCCAGUCCUGAGGAGAAGUCUAUGGAUGAAGAGGAUGCCAUAGAGAGUGACGGAGAACAAGAAGCCUCCAUCAGCUUGUUUCUGUCACCCAAACAGGUGGAUGAAGUUCCUCAGCCAAAGAGCGAACUUCUGGCUGAAACUCAAACCGAUUUCCAGGAGAAGAUGAGACAUGAUCAGGUUCCGAGGGCUGCUGCCGACGCUGAGGGGGGCGUGUCUACCCCUGACCUGGUGGACAGCUACUCUCAGGCCUUUGAAAAAGCCUCCAGUCAGACUUUCCUGGUGCAGACAAUCCAAGCCUUGCCCAUCAAAGACCGGGAAGAUAUCGACACAACCAAGGCUGAUGGACAGACCAUAAAAACCCCUCUAGAGCCAGAGAAAGAGGGACAGGAGAAAGAGAGCAAGGAAAUCAGGAUCCCAGAGACAGGAUCAUCCUCCAGACUCUCCAGCAGGUCAGAGGAGAGUAAGAAGGCAGCUUCCUCUGCUUCCCCUCCCUGCAUCCCCCCAGCCAUCUACGAAGCAGCAAACAUGAUUGUCAGCCAAGUCAUUGAGCAGGCUAUCAGGACACUCGAGUCUGAGGCCAAAGCCAAGAGACCAGUCAGCACGACCAUCUUCAAAACACUGAAGACUGCAUGGAACAAACGCUUUGGCAAAAGGCAGAGGAAUAAGGUCACACCAGCUUCACAGGAUGAGGCUCAUGAUGAGUCUUUCGGUCUAGAAGAACUGUUUGCUGAGUCUCUUGAGGUGAGACCUGCAGAGGCUGAGGACAACGGGGUCAUGGAAAUACCAUCAGGACCUUCAGAAGAGGAUGGACGUACUUUGGUUUCCCAGGGAGGAAAUGAAGCAGCAGCAGACCAGACAGUCGUCAUGAAUUCCUCCACCAUGUCUCUCGAUAAUAAUGAGAUUUUUCCAGGGUCUCACUGAAGAGCAAUGGAGGGAAGUCAGCGAGGGCGUUUACAAUCAAGAUGUGAAGGAGAAGCUGAUUGACAUGUGCGUGGAUGUGCUGAAGUUCACUUCAGACUCGGUCAUUAGAAAUGUCUUGCAGUCAAUUGGUCAGUCAUCCACCUCAUCCAACACCUUCACCCUGAAGACCUCCUAUGACAUCCAGAGAAGUGUGGAGAGCUCCUUCAGCCAGGCUGUCUGUGAUAUCGUCGGGACAGACAUCCCCUGUUAGGAUUUCACCUGAAUUCACAGAGGCCAUAGCGACUGCAGUACUUGAAGUGGUCACCCCGGUCCUCUCCGUGGCCGUACAAACCUCAGUGGAUGAACGAUCCUUGAUCCCCACUGCUCCUGCCAGCCUCCAGGUGUCAAAGGACAGAGUAGCCAAGAAGACUCUGGCAGGAGCUAUUUCCACCAUGAAAUCCCUCCUUACAGGACGAGGCAGCUGCGAUCAAAAGGAGGGUUAUGUCCCAACAAGGGUUGGAGCCCAACGAUAGCAAGGAGAUGCCAACCAGAGGACAGAAAGACAAGAAAGAUGAGUCUGUAUGGAGGAAGUAUUUCAGGCAGAGAAAGAUCCAGCCACAGGAGGAUUCAAAUGAGUCGAAUGGCGCUCAAAAGAGCAAACAGGAGUCCCGCUCUCCUCUGGCAACAUCAUCCAUCACAGAGGACCCACCCCUGGCUGAAACCACGACUGGUGAGAUCCAAGAGGAAGAGGAGACCAAGAGAAACGGCUUCUGUGGCUUCUUCUGCAACAUCUUCUCAAAG